AUGUUCCAGUCGAGUUCGAUGACCCGACUUGUCUCCCGGGAGAGGUUCCGGUUCAGGAGGAUGAUAUCUGGGGUCGUCCUCAUAUUCCUGGAGUUCUUCUUGCGACGAGUAGCAGAGCUUGGAUAUGCGUCUCCGGAAUCAAACUUCGGUGUUAAAGGAGAUAGCUCGCUGAAACGUGAAUGGUUGAGGGUCACAUGGAGUAAUUUCCAUCGUGCUCCUUCAAGUUGUGACGAGACCUCCUCGCUCCUUGAGGGCAAGACUGCCGAUUGUGUUCGAGAGGUCUUGGAACGGGCGGCUCAGCGCUUAUUUUCUGACGACGCGGGGCUUUGUCCACAAUAUCGGACGCGUUUUUACGUGGGUGUGCUACCCCCACUUGCACGUAUUGUGCGCAACAUGAGUGAGACAGAAGUAGGUGUCUUACCCCCGCAGCUGGAUAGUGCGACAAUAGAACCUAGGCCAUUGUCACGGAUUAGCGCAGGCAUGGCACGUGGAUAG